GUAACUGCGAAAUUUUGAUCGUAACUGUGCGCAACUACGACACAUUGAUCGCAGUAAAAAAUCCAUGUGUUCGACUGCGAUGCAGUUACGCGUAGCUGCGUCGCAAUUUUCCGCAAUUACGGGUCACAGUGCGAUCGCAGUUACGCGUAACUGCGUCACAGAUUGAUCGCAGUCGAACAUAUGGGAAGGUAAUGAAAUAUAUUAUAUCUAUUCAUUGUUAACAAUUUCGAAUUUCGUAGAAUUAGCAGAUGCAUUGCAUCAAUUGGCGGUAACUCAAGGUGCCGUCAGUGAGAUCGAAUUGGAUGAUCCACGUGUCGGUGAUGCUUGGCUCGAUUUUGUUAUUGGGUAA